AUGGAUGAGCUUUUGGAAGACGUAGCAUUUGCCAGUGUCCAUGGCUUCAUAACUGAUAACCAUUUUGGCCCAGAAAUACAGCAAAUAUUUGAAGAUAAUGCUGUAGACAUGGAGUGGGAAAAUUCACAAGGACUUGCCCAGCAAUCUGAUCAAUCUGAUUUUACUGACAGGCAAAUAUGUACUCCAGCACUACGAAAGGCAACAAAAGUUGCAGAUGAUCAACUGACUGACGAUGUGUUAAAGAAGGUGGAAUGGAUGAAACACCAUCCCCCCUCAAGAGAAAACACUUCUCAAAUGAGAACAUACUUUAAGAACACAAGAAACCACCGCAAAAAUAUAAUGCAUGGACUAACAAUUACUGAUGCUCUAAGUCAUUUCCCAAGAUACAGGGACAUGCCAUCUUUGAUUGUUUUGGAUUUCGAACUACAAUUUGGUAAAGAUGUUAGCAGUUCGUUGUUAACUAAUUGGAAAGUUGAUUUUUUGGGUGCUAUCAUGAAGGUUGCCCGGAAAGUGCCUGAGAGCUCUCAAGCUGGACUGUUGUUGUCAGCCCACCAGAAGUGGGAUGAUGUUGACCUAUGUGCACUUAAACUCCUUGUAGCAAUGCUGCCAUCAUCUAAUGCAUAUUCUUCUAAAAAAGGGAAAAAGUCUGCAAGUAGCAGGGUUGAUGCAGUAAAUUACGUUUUCCAACACAAACCAAUUGGUACUGAUGUAAUGUUUUUUGCUGAAACCAAGGAUGAUAAAUAUGCUGAACCUUUUCUGCUAUGUCUUGGGACGCCCAUAAACCCAACAGAUUACUAUGUCAUAUGCGACAAUACCAGUGUGCCUGCCGGAACAACAGCUCUUGCAGCAUUUGACCUUCUAUUUAAAAUUCACUAUAUUUUCAGUGUUGAAUUUUCUGGAUGUGUCCACACAUUCUACAAUUUCUUUGAUGCUUUUUUUUAUGGCAUAAAUACAUACACUGCCAGCUCAUUACUUAGAAGUUUCUGGGCAAGGCUUAAGACAACAUCAACAAAAUUGGAGAAUAAAUGUGCUGAAAACCUAAGCAAAUGAAGUCUUCACCAUCACUUACUGUUACUGGUUUGACAAAAUGUUAUGAAUGACAGUAAAAUGAUCUUCGAAAAUAACCUGGGAAUAUUGAAAGACCAAGUGCUUCAAACUUUAUUGGCGAAUAAUGUUGACAUACAGUCUCAAGAUGUUCAGUCUCAAGAUCUGAUGGAACAAUUUAACCUGUUAUGCAACCCAUAUAAUGGGUUAGAAACUGUGUAUCAACAGAAUGAAUACUUUUGCAAGAAUAUGCAUAUGGUUUGUCCUAUAGCAAAGUCAAUUGGUACAGUACGGUAUGACCAGAUUUUCGAUAGAUCUACAGGAACCGUGAAACAAAAAAUUGUGACUGAAUCAUUUCAGUAUGUUCCACUUCUUGAGACACUUGAAGAAGUUCUCAAAAAUCCAAUUGUGAGGGAGAUGAUACAAAGUGAACAACAUGCCAAUAUUAAUAAACAAAGAUUAUCAACUUAUGGAGAUGGGAUUUAGUACAAAAACCAUGGCAUGUUUUUUGAAUAUCCCAAUGCUCUUAGGUUGCAACUAUAUUAUGAUGAUAUUGAGGUUGUCAACCCAAUUGGGUCCAAGAGGACAGUACAUAAAUUAGCUAUGUUUAAUUUUUGCUUAAAAAAUCUUUCACGAGCUGUUAAUUCAAUUAGUAAAUUCAUUCCCCUGUUGGCUGUCGCCUAUUAAGAAGACCUUAAAAAGGCGGUUUUGAACCAAUUCUCCGACCAUUUGUAGAAGAAAUUAAACAACUUGAAUCAGACACAGGUAUCAUGCUUAAUUUAGAUACUGGACCUACCUGUGUACGGGGUACCCUGACAUCUGCGGCAGGGGACUCGCUUGCAUUACAUGAUAUGUUUGGGUUUAUGUCACCAUAGCAAAUAAGCUUUGUAGAGCAUGCAUGUCAGACAGAGAAAUGAUUCAGGUUCAUUUUGAUGAAGAGGAUUUUGAACUCAGGACAAUAGAUGAGCACGACAUUCAGGUAGAAGAAGCUGGUGGAAAUAAUAACCCUGCUACAGGAGUCCGGACAGACUGUAUUUUAAAUGAAUUGAGAUAUUUUCAUUGUGUCACAUGUCACAGCUUUGAUAUAAUGCAUGAUAUAUUGGAAGGGAUAGCACCUUUUGAAGUAAAAUUGGUUUUAAAGCACCUAAAUACCGAAGACCGACUCAUUACCCUUAAUGUAGUUAGUGAAAGAAUGAAGGAAUUUAAUUAUAUGUAUAUUGAUUUGAAAAAUAAAACCCUCAACAGUUAUCAGAUCCUGUUUGCUAAACACGACAGACCAUAAACUUGCCUAAAAAGCUUGUCAAAUGUGGUGUCUUUUAAGGAUGAUGCCUUUUCUUAUAGGGGACAUGAUACCUGUCGGAAAUCAACACUAUGAGUUGUUAUUGUUGUUAUUAAGGUGCAUGAACAUCAUUUUUACACCAAAGCUAGAAGUGGGACAAGUUGUAUAUUUGAAAUACCUAAUUACUGAACACCACACACAUUUCAAGAAACUUUUUCCAGAAUUUAUGAUGAUUAAUAAGCACCAUCACAUGGUUCAUUAUCCAAGCUCUCUGAUGCAAUUUGGUCCAUUAAGCAAUGCAUCUUGUCUGAAAUACGAAGUUAAACAUAACUUUAGUAAGCGUAUUGGUCAUGUGGUAAAUAAUUUCAAAAAUAUUUGCCUCACUAUUACUAAAAGGCUUCAGUUGUAUCACUGCUCAAUGUGGUCAGGCACCAAUAUCAUUAAUAAUAAUUUUGAGUGCAAAUCAGGAGAUGUUAUGAAAGUGCAGGCUUUAGAUGGCGCAAUCAUAUUAUCUUAUCAAUUAGGAUUAGAUCUAGAAAGUAAUGUGUUUGUCGCUUCCGAGGUUAUAUUGUUUGGUACUUCCUAUAUCCCUGGCCAUUAUAUUAUCAUGGAUAUUUUUGAAGGCAAGCCAAUAUUUGGAAACAUAUCAUCAAUUUUAGUUUUUGAUCAAGGAGUUGUACAUUUUGUUGUUAGCACAUGCACAACUAAAGAAUUUAAUACACAUUUUCAUGCCUUCGCUGUGGAUAUCAAUGAACCUCCUAUGUUUCACACAGUAGAACCAAAGGAAUUGAAGGAUAUAUCACCUGCCCUACUCUGCCUUAAACACAUACCAAGAAAAUGUACCUCGUCAAAAUUACAUAUUUCUGCGUUAUUUAGUGAACUAAUGUAAACUAACAUUUCUGGUGAUUUAAUAUAUAAAAAUAUUGCAAGAAGACUAUAGGGAGAAAAAGUCAUAAGUCACGUUGCCUAGCUACCUGUUUCGCUUGGGCCAAACAAACCUUGAUCGGCCAUUUUGUUGUAUUCUAGUGCACUGAGUUUUGUACCUCUUUAAAAUCGCUAUUUCCGUAACUUAUAUUGCAUCAUCCCUUUUAUUUUGGAAAGGCACUAGUACUAAAUAAUCUAUUUACCAUAUAUUGUAAAGUUUACCUUAAUUUUCGGAUUAUAAGUUAUAAAAAUUAGCAUUUUAAAACUUCCGGAGCGUAGGCCUUUAUGUCGGUACACCGCCGACACAUACUGUCGUGGUUAAAUCACUUUUUUGUAAAGAAAUGUACGUACGAGACGAUACCCACAAGUAAUAUUACUUUUAAAUUAGUUGUUAUGUAAUUUACUGUUGUUAGAUUAUAACUUACAAGUCUACAUAAAUGGUAAAUACGCCAUUCGUAACUAUUCAGCCAAAAUCUAGAGGCCUAGUAGAGGCCUGUAUUUCAGUGAGUAUCCGCGUACGAAUACAGAUCAUUUUGGUCGCUCUUCGUUUCGGUCGCGCUUCAUUUCGGUCGCGGUUUGUUUUCAACAAAUAUAUGGAACGCCAAUGGAGUUUCGAAACGCUAUAUUUAA